CUGAUACCUGGUACAUAUGUUACUCAUCUAUUUAGGCGCGAAAAUGCUUUUACUGCUUCGCACUCGCCAACCACAGUAAUUUGACGUCUCCAUAUUGUACAAAUAAUCUGAACUACAACUGUUGUCUAUCAUCAUGGGUAUUUUGGGCCUGGCAAAAUUAAUUGCGGAUGUAGCACCGAAUGCUAUUAAAGAACGAGAACUGAAACAUUAUUUCGGUCGUAAAAUAGCCAUAGAUGCAUCUAUGUGCUUGUAUCAAUUUCUUAUCGCUGUAAGAAGCGAAGGUGCACAACUGACAUCCGUAGAUGGAGAGACAACAAGUCACUUGAUGGGUAUAUUUUAUAGAACAAUACGUUUAGUAGAACAAGGUAUAAAACCUGUAUAUGUAUUUGAUGGAAAACCACCGAAUUUAAAAGGUGACGAAUUAAAUAAGCGAGCUGAAAGGAGGGAAGAGGCUCAGAAACUUCUACAAGUAGCUGAAGAAGCAGGAAAUGCGGAAGAUGUAGAGAAGUACAACAGAAGACUGGUAAAAGUUACAAAGGAACAUGCAAAUGAAGCUAAACAGUUAUUGGAAUUGAUGGGAAUUCCUUAUAUUGAUGCUCCAUGUGAAGCAGAGGCGCAAUGUGCUGCUUUAGUGAAGGCUGACAAAGUUUUUGCAACAGCCACAGAAGAUAUGGAUGCUCUUACCUUUGGAUGUAACAUUUUAUUACGACGAUUAACUUUUAGCGAAGCAAGAAAAAUGCCUGUACAGGAAUUUCAUCAUGAUAAAGUUUUAGCUGAGCUUGAAUUGAAUAAUGAUGAAUUUAUUGACCUCUGUAUAAUGUUGGGCUGCGAUUACACAAACAGCAUAAGAGGAAUUGGGCCAAAACGUGCUAUUGAAUUAAUUAAAACACACCGGUCGCUCGAAAAGAUUGUGGAAAACAUAGAUAGUAAAAAGUAUACGAUACCUGAAGACUGGAAUUACAAGCAAGCUCGAUUAUUAUUUCAAGAGCCUGAAAUAACAGAUCCCGCGACAAUUGAUUUGAAAUGGUCAGACCCGGAUGAAGAAGGUUUAGUAAAAUACCUAUGCGGUGAUAAACAAUUCAGCGAAGAAAGAGUGAGGAAUGGUGCAAAAAAAUUGCACAAAGCUCGAAAUACUUCUACUCAAGGCAGAUUAGAUUCGUUCUUUACUGUACUGCCGAGUCAGAAUUCUCCAAAACGUAAAUCUUGA